CUUUGAUAUCAUGGCUAUAUCUCAGCUUGAUUGUUCUAUACAUAUAUUUCUCUGCUCAUAAUAAUUUAUAUGAUAUGAAUAUUUAAUGAAAAAUAUUACAUAAAUUCGGAAUAGAUACUAAUAUAAUUUUGCUUUACCGUAAGAAUCAAAAUUCAAUAACACGACAAUCUUUCUGGGGAAAAAUGGUGAAAAUUGUUAACUUAACUUACAUUCUUCAUUAAUUUGAAUAUGAAUAUUGAGAUAUUCGUUCCUUCCUAUUAUUUAUUUUAGUUUUUAAUGUAAAAAGCCCAAUAUAUUGGGUUAGCUGACUACAAAUUAGAAGCCCAAUUACAUCACGGCCCAACGUCCUUCUACGGGCCUAUCAGUCAUCGACGUGGCGGGAACAUAUGGACACCGACAAGUCAAAGGCCACCGCAGACGGACAAGACAUCCGAAAACCUCUGGCCUUCCCAAUGCGAAGAAGAAGAACAACGCAGCUGCCUUUCUCUGACCAGUGACAGCCGAUAAAAAAGAAAAACAAACACCCAACUCCGCUGCUGCAAAUUCGGGCAUCUAAAAAGAAAUCAAGAGCCCAAUCUCCCCUAACCAUGGGGCUCUACUCCUUCACCUUGGCCGGCGGUGGCUACAUCCUAAUCGGCGCUUGGGAAUCCCUCCGCCCAAUAUCCGCCGCUGACCCAUCGUCCAAAUCAGAAACUUUGAGAACCGCGAAUUCAAACCCAGAUGCCGGUUCUUCUUGCACUUCUCCAUUGACGUACGCCGCCGUCUGCCUCUUCUCCUUCCUCUUCAUGGCCGACUCACUGAUCUCCCUCUUCAGUGCCGUUGACUCCAACGACGGAAUCGGCUCCGCCCUCCAGUUACAAAUCCUCCCGAUCGCCGCUCUCUUCUUCCUCUACUCGAUUCUGGGUUUAGCAACCGAUUUCUCCAUAACCAAGAUUCGGUUUCCUUCCAAGCUCCUCAAUCUAAUCGCCCUCUUCGGCUUCGUCGAGGAAUUCCUGCUCUACUACCUGCAAAAGAAGGACAAGACCGGGAUUGAGAACAGGUACUUCGACCUCCUCCUCGUUCCCAUCGCGAUUUGCAUCUUUUCAACUCUUCUCGAAUUGAAACAAUCUGGGUCAGAAUCAGAAUCGAGUUGCUACCCGAGAUUGGGCCGUGGGUUCGGGUUGAUUCUGCACGGGACGUGGUUUGUGCAAAUGGGGAUUUCCUUUUACUCCAAUUUGAUUGUUCAGGGAUGCCACUUGAGAGCCAAGAGUAGAGGGAAUUACACCAUAGCUUGUAAAGGCCAUCCUGAGUAUCACAGGGCUAAUGGGAUUGCUACUCUUCAGUUUAACUGCCAUCUAGCGUUGAUUGUGGUCUUGGCUUCUGCUUUGUACUCGAGUAUAAUGAAGAAGAUGGGAUAUUACAGUGGUGAUUUAGAGAGAAGAACCUAUAAGCCUCUAGGUGUUGCAGAAAUGGUGCAGAUGGAAAGUGGUGGUGGAACGUUUACUCUGGAGUCUGAUGACGAUGAAAUUAGAGAAGAGGAGAAUGGGAACAAGGAGUUGAGAGUAGGAGCUAAUGGUUAUGGUUCUCAUGACUAAAGGUGAAUGAUAUAUAAUUCUCUUUGUUCCCUUUUUUCCUGUAUACCUCACAGCAAAAGGAAUUCAUUUUUCUACUUCUUCCUGUUGUUCUGUAGAUGGAUCUCAGUUUUAGAGAGAUGAUAUGAAUGAACACCCUUUUGGGGUGCAUUAACAUGAUUCUCAUUACUUCCCUUUUUCAUAUUCACAAUCAUUAGAGGUGUUCAGCCUUUGUCUUCCCUUUUAUGAUCAAUCAUCAUGGCCCAUGGUGUAUGGCUGUAUGAUGGUUUCAGGGCUUGGAAAUUCUUAGAAAUGCUCUGUUGAUGGCUUCCUUUUUGUUUGUUCAUUGCAUGGGUUGUAAAGAUCAUGGGGGGUGGGGAAUGAUUAUUGGCAUCUUUUCUGCUAGAGAGAAUCCAUUGUUGGUUAAGGAAGUCACUUUUCUGUUCUUUUCAAUCAUUUGGGUGUGAUGAAUAAUAAACCAGAGAGUAGGAAAGUGACUUGCAGGUGGACUGUCACUGCACAAGAUCAAUCACUCCUCUAAAUCCUCUUAUCAAAUCAAAAUGACGUGGUAUAUUGCAGUACUCAUCAUUUUGGGGGGAAAGUGGAGAUGAUUGAGAAUGAGAGGGGGAAUGUUUUCAACCUGGAACAAGCCAAAUGUUUGCUUGUAACUUACUUCUGGUCAAUUUUCUCUCCCUUGUUCUUUUCCCCUUCCUGAUAUCAUCACUGCCUUUUGGCCUAUUGUUACUCGGUAGAUUGUGUAACUUUUCUUCUUAAUGUAGUCACGUGCUGAAUGCCUGAAUGAUCCAUGAAAGUUGGUUGAAUUUUAGAUUCAGUGACAGACAAAUUGCUAACUGCCUAACUGGGAUUGAAUGAAUUUCUUAAUCUGGAUCUGGUCCCUGUGCUGGUCCCCCAUGGCAUCCAGAAUGCAACCAUCAUCUACUGCCCAAUUGGGCAGCUUUGGUGGUGCUGACAUUGUUGUGUUGUUUAACUUGAUUAUGGUGUAAUACUUUCAUACGCAGAUUCCUUUUAGGGAGAGGACAUGAAAGAAAGGUGGUUCAUUACUAUAUUAGAAUGACAAACAUCAUCAUUACAUAUGCUGGGUGUAAAAGAAGAGGCUUGUCUCUUCCAAUUUUUUUUUUUCUUUUUACAUUUUCCAAUUCCAUGACAUAUUAUCUUUAUCUGAACGGUUAAUCUAUUAUUGCCUAUUGGGGCCAAAGGUUUGCUCAAUCACCAUGAAUCAUACUAUUUAUUAUCAUAGGAUUGAGCAAAGAGGGUGUCCAUGAAAUUUGAAAAAUGAGAUGAUAAAGGUGGAAACACCCUGUAACACCUUUUGUCGUCAAAGUAGAUAACAUUUAUUGCGUUUUGAGUGUAGAUCUUGUGAUCGUAAAAACAUUCGAAGACACAUUAUAGUAUAGAAGUGAUGAUUUGUUUAUCAAAACUUUUUGAGAGGACCUAAGAGUUACUACUAUGAAAAACAAGUUGGUAGAUUCUCAUUUGGUCGGCUUGGGAUAUGAGGUAUACGAAGGUACUUCAACAUAUAUUGACUUUUCCAUCACGAUUCAACUGAUACAAUUUUGUUUAACUUUCCAACUAGAUUUUUGAGUAUAUAUGAGGUACAAUUUCUAGUUUUCCUAUUUGAGUUUUGUUUACGUCAAGGCGGGUUACUUGCCUCCUCUUUCUUGGCAAGUUCGUCUCCCUCUCACAUAUGUUGGUGUGAUUUGAUCCAUUGGCAGAAUGAAUAUUUUCUUUACUU